CGGAGACUUAAUUAGAGAGAACCGCAGUGCCUGCGUCAGUUGUUGUGAUAUCGCCGUUCAACGCACACUGCGUACCGCGUACGCGCAAGUUCAUCAAAAGCUUCAAUAAUACGAAAGAUGAGCCGACACACCUGUUUGGCUGCAGCGGCGCUGCUGGUAGUGUUUUGCGUUGCAGAAGCACAAAGAAGAUUGGCGCUUCCUGACCCACGGAGUUGUGCUAAUAGGGUUCGCCACUCAACAUACAGGGACGGUCGUGGAGUUCUUCAUUCAUACUUCUUCAGUUGGGAACACGCACCCACCCGCAAUUUGGAAGUGGACUGGUUAGACGCCAGGAACAUCUGCCGUCGUCACUGUAUGGACGCCGUCUCACUGGAGACCCCUCAGGAAAAUGAAUUCAUAAAGCAGAGGAUCGCAGCGGGCAACGUGCGGUACAUUUGGACUUCUGGUCGUAAAUGUAACUUCGCGGGUUGCGACCGUACCGACCUCCAGCCCCCGAAUGUAAACGGUUGGUUCUGGUCCGGUUCCGGAGCAAAGAUUGGACCCACCACUCAAAGGAACACCGGAGAUUGGUCCUACACCGGCGGAUAUGGACAGCAACAACCUGACAACCGUGAGGCUGCACAAGGCAAUGACGAAUCUUGUUUAGCAAUCUUAAACAACUUCUACAACGACGGUGUCAAAUGGCACGACGUGGCCUGUCACCACGUGAAACCUUUUGUUUGUGAAGACAGUGAAGAACUGCUUAACUUCGUGAAGUCGCGUAACCCCGGCCUACGCCUAUGAGAUAAUUGAGCCAUUACGGCUUUGUACAAAACCUAAACCCUAUUUUUAACUUAUUUAUUACGAUAGUUAAAUUUCACUUUUGGAUUUUAAGCAUUUUUGAUAUUGAUUCAAAAUUUACUGUAAAAACAUGAAUGCACAAAAUAGGAUAAAGUAACUUAUAUUGUAUGUGUAGAAAUAAAGUUUUAAAAAAAUAA